UGAGUCGCUACAAAAAGGGAAAAUUCUUAAAUCUUUUCAACAAAUUCGGGAACUUCUUGAUAAGGAAAAAGGUGAUAAAAACAAAUUAGCAUCAUUUGCAACUGCCGCCGUCGUUCCCGGUGGCAAAAUAGUCCAGAAAAGUCCGUGAUCCGGGUGUGUCGCAAAGAAACCGUCCGAAACCGGCAAGCAUUGCGGUUCGUGGUUCUGCAAGGAUCCGUUGCAUUACUGAUCCAGCUUUCCUUCCAGUCAUCAUAACGGCAAGGUCUCUUCUGCAGUUAAAAUUGCGGAUAGCCGUUUUAGCUACCAAAUGGACUGAGAAGAUUGCAACCUAAUCGAGUGCUGACUUCCGGAACAUCCGCACAAUAAAGCGAGUUGUGUACAGCGGAAAUCGCGAAACCGGGAGUAAGAAUAAUUAGUGGCGAUAAAUGUUUUAAAAAUGAAUUUCGUACUGCCCGGUGCGAAUGUGAAAUUGCUAGCGCGUGCUAUUAACAGUUUCUCCAAAAUCGGCAACGAGCUAUACCUGGAAGCAACUGCUGGUGGACUCGAGUUGAAGACGAUCAACUCGACCAACACCGCAUACGCGGUUGCACUGUUCCAGGAUGGCUUUUUUAACAGCUAUAGACAAGGAGCCAACGAUACACCGGAGGAAAACUGUUGCAAGAUAUCUAUGAAACCGAUUUUGACGAUUUUCAAGGGCUUAUCCAAGGUGGUCACCUGUAGCGUAUCGCUGGAUGUUAACCAAUCGCGACUUAUUUUCCAAUUUCGAUGCAAAUUGGAAGUGAUAAAGACGUAUCGAAUCUUUCUGCUCGACAGUGAACACAUCAACGCUUUAAAUCUUCAACAACAGUUUCCGAGCCAAAUCGUGGGCAGCCACAAAGUGUUCUCCAGCGUGUUGUUACAUCUUAACAAUUCGGUUGUAGAAAUAGCAUUCGAUCUAAAGGAGGAUAAAACCGUGGUUUCCAACUUCGUGGAAGAGCAUGAUCGAUCUACUCUAAGGUCCACGCUGGCCAUUGCUACCUCUGCCUUUCUGUCCUACCAGUUAAAUCAAAGUGCCAACCUCAUAUUUUGCUACAAAGAGUUCAAGGCGGUCACAAUGCUUGCGGCACUGAGCAAAUUGAACAUUACGAUGAGCUUUUCUGAAGCUGGUGCUCCAUUGAUGCUGGAGUUGAACAAACCGGGAGUGAUGCAAGCCAAAAUUGUAAUGGGCACACUGCAACCAGCAGAAUCGCGCCACAAGCGCAAACAAAGGCGCCAGCCAGCUGAUCGCGCUGCGGUCAAUCGGUCUGUGUCUGCUGAAAGCAAUGGCAUCAACUCUUGUCUGACGGAUGAUAUAACGCGCAAUACAGAAACAGCUGACACUGAACAAGAACAGUGCAGCAGCAGCAGCAGCAGCAGCGAUAGUGUUCUCCAUCGAGCAAUCUUACGAGAACGAGAAACUGGGAAUGAUAUCAACAGCAAUGCUGUGAGAAAAACACUCAACCAAAAUCAAUUACCUGCCGCAGGCAGUAGCGGCGCGAUGCAAGAAGCAGCACAAACCCAUCACCAGAGAAUGAGGACCUCUAACUCCGACCCGGAUUCGUGCACCCUUUUCGCCGGACGAAAUUGCACAAUUACUGAUGUACAGCAGGGCAACGAUAUCGUGGAAACGUGUGAUCUUAGUGAGCAGUGUAAUGCAAGCUACUCAGUGCUUACCCGGAAGCGGCUAAAACCGAACAGUCCGGCAAAUGGGGCGAUAGAGCGCCAGCUUCCCGAAUGCAUUCCCGAAUCACCCGAGGUUAUUGAGGAAAGAAAACGAAAGCAGGCCAAACUGCGGCAUAUCUUUCGCCGUUGUUUCGAGCCGACGUUUGAUCCGAAUAUGCAAUCUGGCUGCAGUCGAAUACUAGCCCCAAAUUCUGACUCUGAAGAGGAAUUAUAAAUUCACUAUCAGUGCACACUGUUUUUAAAAUACAAAUUUCCUCUAAUUUCGUACUUGUGUGCUUGAAUUAAUCAUAUCAUGUCGUUUUCACCAUAGGAUUUGCAUUUAGGUAAAACUCCCGUAGGAAUAUGUUCUAUGUUUUUUUUUAGAUGGAUCACUGGUUGAUUUACUCUUGACAGAAACAAUUAUCGGAAAAAUUGCAAAUGCAUAGUAUCAUCUAUUUAAAUAUUAUUUAAAUCAUUUAUUCAACGUUCGCUUCACUUUGCCAGGUGUAACGUUGUUAUUGACUUUUGUCGGCCGACGAUCCCGACAAUUCUUUUUGAUAUCGUAAAUUAACUACGUUACUGAGAGUUAGGCGAAAGU